AAUCCACCGCCACGCCCCUGCUCGCCGAUGGAAGGUCUCCACGCGCAAUCCGUCGCCUGCCAUCGCCAGCGCGCAAUCCUUUUCAUCCACGCCCGCAACGCCCGCCCCUGCGCCAAAUCCGCCGCCCCUGCGCCAAAUCUUGCAUGCCUGCCGUCGCGACUCCCGCACGUUGGUAGUUACAGACCUCGGUGAGCUUCACGAGUAGACGAAUGCUUUCGAUUCGAGGGCGCCGUACCCCGCCAUUGAGCAUUGACCUUAAGAUUCAUGAGUUGAUAUUCUGUUCCGCUCAGGUAUAUUUUCUUGUUCGAUCUGAAGCAGACUGUAUAGGUGAUUUUCUCUUCCUUUUGGGGGAUGCUGCGGAGCGAACGCUGAGGAGCGGCGACGAGUUUUGAUUCAGGUGUAGAGGGUUUCUAGAAUCGAUGGGGUCGGAGAAGGGUGGAGCGAAGGUUAUUGGCGGCGGCGGGAUCUUCAACCUAUUUGAUUGGAAGCGAAAGUCGCGCAAGAAGCUGUUCUCCAACUCGCCCAAGGGGUCCAAGCUUGUUAAGAGGAGCGAAGAAACCUUGCUGUCAGGGCGUCUCCACUUGGGUGAUGAUGAUGAAUGGAUUGGUGUAUCAAGCUUCAAGGGGAGCAGCGACUACAGCUGUGCGUCUUCAGUGACCGAUGAGGAAGUGCGUGAGAUGAAGGCGCCAGGUGUGGUGGCCAGGCUCAUGGGCUUGGACGCCAUGCCCACCUCGGGUGUUCCAGAACCGUAUUGCACACCUUUCCGAGACACAAGAUUGUUCAGGUACAGCCACAACCUCAAGAGGAGCCCUGAGUACUCAAUGAAUGACCAGUUCAGUCAUGUUCCUCAAAGAGUUGAUGGUUAUAUCAGGAAGCCAUUGGAUCUCCAAGCACCAAAGAUGCCAAGCAGCCCGAUUGAAAGAUUCCAGAUGGAAGCAUUGCCACCAAGGUCUGCAAAGCACCUACCCAUGUCUCACCAAGGUCUGCAAAGCACCUGUUGCAGGUUUUACAAAGGACUCAUUGAGUUUCUGGUGCUGCUUAUUAGUUUCUGCAGGUGGAUUAUUCUUAAGUUUAGGCUCGGGUGCUUUUUCCUGCUUGUCGUUCGUCUUUUUCUUGCUCUUGGACUGGCUCCUGUUUAGCUUGAUGAACUCAAGACACUGGCGAAUGAUUGUCAGCACCGUGAAAUGAGUCUCGAAGUCGUUCCUGAUGAUGGGGUGGAGGUUGGGGCCGUUGUUGCUCUAGGUGUAGUUCUCGAUGAAGUAGACACAAUCAAUUUUGGCCCUGAACGAGACCUCCCGUAGAAGCUCUUCGGCCUGCCUAAUGGAUCUCAUGGCCUUCUUAAAAGUCAUUUCUGAUGACGCGGUGGAGGUUGGGGCCGUUUUGCGAAGGUGGGUCAGUUUUCUAUUAGUACCAAAGAAAUUAAAGAAACAAAAAGGCUCACA